ACCCGGUCACGAAUGCGGAGCCACGCCCUAAAAUAACAUGUGACCACAAGGCGUUUGUGACACAUUCAUGCGUUCCAAUUUUGUCAUAAUUCCCUGUAGGUUCUAAAUUGCUUAUGAGCUUGGCUGCCCUUCAGAAAGUAGCUGAUUCUUGUACUCUACAGCUGUAUUUUCCUACAGUUAAUAAUAAUACUAGCAACAAAACAGAUUUCAUUCCUUAAAAUGAUAUUGCCAGAUGGAAGAAAAUAAUAAGAGCCUUGUCCCAGUCUCUAGACCUGCCUGUCUGUGUGAUGGAUGACCACCUGACCUCUGAAGCUGUCAAUGAGAUGGAGCAGAGCAAUUCUACCAGGAGCAGAGCAACCUCAGUGAUGGAAACCACAGAAGAGGGGAAGCUCAACAAUGUGGAACAUCUGACACUUAUGGACUUCCUUCAAAACCUAACUGAGAAGCAAUGGAGGGGGAUUCGUGAGGGCAUGUUUGACCCGCUGACAAAACAACAGCUUGCCGGCUUGUGUCUGAGGAUUGUCCAGUUUUUAUCGGACAAGCUGAUGCAGAUCAUCAUCCCAGGUCUUUACGAACUACUGGGCAUCCAAGAUGCUGCCUCCUCUCCAUUGUCACAGAGAUCUCUCACAGCGUCACUCACCAGUCUGUUAGACACCCUCGUCACCUGUGUGCAGGACAGCCUGCAAGGAUCUCUCUCCAAACUUGCAUGCAUGUCCAAUUCUCCAUCUGGAAGUGCAGGCUCUCCGAAGAUGACCCCUGCUGUAAUGGCAGAAGUGAUUAAAGAUGUCAAGUCGGCCGUAUCAGUGGUCGUUAAGAGUGCCUCCGCUAGCCAAACCCCUCAAGUGACACCGGUAAGGGGAGACUCACAGACCAAGGUGACUGAGAGCAUGGUGAGAGAGCUGGCUGCUAAACUUGAAAAAGUUGACCAAGAGAGCAAGAGUCUAACAGGGCAAGUCAUGACCAUGAUCUCUGACACAAUGGUGGCUUUUGUUGACGAGAACGAACAGAAUUUGCUGAAAGAUCUGAAGGACAAGAUCACGUUUCAUGUUGACUUCAUUGACGAUCUUGAUGCCCUGAUAAGGAAAUACGAGAGCAGCUACAAUAUUGGUGAAUCUGGUUCCUCCUGCACGCUCACAUCUAAGAGCAUCCAAAAACUCUCCAGCCGGGAGAUUCAAACAUCAGCAAUACAAGCAAUAUUUGCUGAAGAGACAGUGAAGGGCUUCCUGAGACAGUGGUCAGAUGAGUAUGAAAACAUAAACUUUGAUGUUUCAGUCCAGAACGAUCCAAAGACUUCUACUUGCAUGGUCAUUCUUCAAAUGAUCACCAAAGCCACUGCUAAAUGUUAUUUUGAGUCCACUACCAGCGUGGCCACCAGUGACAUUGUAGAAGGCGUGUUUGAUUUGGAAAGGGAUACCAUCAGCAGUACUGGAGAGCAGGUCCUCACCUUUAACACAACGGUAUAG